GGCAUUAUCUUAGUAAAGGAUUUUUAAUACAUAUUUUUGUUCAUUUGAAUGCAAUUUGUCAUGUUUAUGAGGUAUUAUUAUCUUUGGCAGAUUUUUCCAUUUCCCCUAUUUUAAUUAUUGUACUUUGUUUACAUUUUUAUAUUUAAAUGGAUGUAUUUUUGUUUUUAUUUUAAUUCAUGUUAGAAGUAUCAAUUUCAUUAUUCAUUCACAUUUUUAUUUUGUACAAAGGCUGAAUUCAAUCCCAUGUCCUUUCUUGGAGUUAUGAAACAUUUCCCCACGUCAGCUGUCAUCCUGUAUUUAACAUCAGUUCUUUGCUGCCCCCUAGCGGACAGACUCGUCACCAACAUUACCCCCGAAACGUCCUGCAUGUAUUGAACAAAGAUCGUUCAUGAAUGCGUAAAAAUUGUUUAUUAUCGUGCAGACGUGGAAGGAUGAAGGCGGGAAGGCUUCCCCGGUUUGAUGGCGAGCGUGGGUGCAGCAACGCGAGUGGGCGGGGCUACUGCGUGGAGGGUACUCACGACCAUAUAAGGACACUUCCUGUCUGCGAGGUGACGUUGCUCUCCCGAAUCAUCUUCCCUCGCUCACAUGGAUGUAAACGUCCGCCUUCAUCAUUUGUGUCGUGUGGAGUCCUAAUUAUUUGGGAUUGAAAGUGCAGCUGAGUUAGAAGAGGGUGAGAGAGGAAAAAGACAGAUGUGUCGUGACGCCGGACGGGAAACACCUGAGCGAGCAAGUGCGAGACGUGCAUGAGUCACAGCUUACGCACAGUGUCAGCAAACCACGCACGACGAGUAGAUCGUGGAUAUCGAUCAUCCUCCGUUUUACAAAUGUCUAUUGCGGAGUUCAUCCAUUGAUCGAUUGUGGAUUUAGGUAUACGUAUAUUCUCGUAUUUUGGUCGACAUAGUCUAGAUCGCGUCGUUCUAGAUCGAGAUACGGUGGUGUACAGUCCUCGUCUAAACAUGAUUAGAAACACAAACCUACAUUUACAACUUGGAUGAAAUUGUGUUAAUUUAUUUUCUUUUUGAUAUCCUCAGCCAUCGCUAGGCUGCCUAGCUUGCACUCGUUUGUUAGCGUUUUUUUUUUUGUCCAAUCAGAUUUCAGCUUCUGUGUGUUGCCAUGUCAAUGUAAUCUGCCCAGAGCCUUCAGAAUCUCGAGUGCUGGCCCAUGACACAUACACAUUUUAUUUUGUUAUUUUUUUUCAACCAAUCAGAUUUCAGAUUCAGCACUCUUGGCCUUCACGCAGGCUUUGAGUGACAACAGCAUAUUUCCGUCCUCUGAUUGCUUGAGCUAAAUAGUCUUGCGACGUGCACGACGGGUGACGGAGGAAGAUGAAUGUCGGGACACGAUUAAAAAUUCCUUUUCGAGGCAGACUUCUCAAUAAAACGCAGACGCAGUGAGGACAAUUAGUCGAGAGAGGCUUGUUUCAAUGAUUGAGCGCGACAACUAGCUAGCUCUGCCGGACUACCCAGUUAACGAAAUCUGAGGAGCAAAGAAUGAAGGAUGAAUUUCAUGAGCUAUAAAUAAUCAGCAUCUCUGGUACCAUGUAUUUUAUUUCUACUUUUUUUGGGAGAAGCAGCUAUCUAUUCCAGAGCCCUCUAUUUGAGCUAUCAUGCGAUUAUCUAUUCUAGAGCCACUUAUUUGAUCUAUCAAGAUCUAUCUAUUACUUAUUCUAGAUGAUCUAUUUCAGAUCUAUCUUUUCUAAAUGUAACAAUAUCCCCCCCGUCAAACUACAUCUAGAGCUGUCUGUCCGUUGAAGAUCUAUAUCAUGUCUUCUCGCGCUAGCUCUCUAUUCUUGCUCGAGCUAUCCUAGAUUCUUUCCGUGAGUCUAUUCUAUUUCUAGUUCUAUGUCCAACAUUGCUACACAUUUUAAGUAUGCAGAUUGUGUACACGUGUGUGUGCGUUUCAGGUGACCUGAGGUGGGUCUUGUUAUGGUUGCCAGGCAACCAAGUUUAGAUCACGUUACACGCACACACAUUCUUUCUGUCCUCUCGCUGCCAUUGUCACGUCGGUCUUCAGCACUCGGCCUCCUGGAGAAGACUUUUUUCAAAGAAUUGUAAUUUAUUAUUUCGAUUCCUUUUUGGGUUUUUGCUUCACUAUAGUUUGUCCCGGGAUGCAGAAUCUCUCCGUGAAGAUGUUCUUCUGCACGUUGCUGCUGCUGGCGGCGGCGGCGGCGUCCCGUGUGCGCUCGCAAGCCGACUGCACUCAAGGUCAGUCAUGUGACCUGUGCGUUGGGGACUCCAUGCUCAACCUGACCGGCUGCGUCUGGAGGCUUUGUCCUGACGGUAACGACACGGGCAUGUGCGUGACGGACGAGGGCAACGUCGCCGACAGCUCCGGCAACUGCAGCUGGACCCGCGUGUCGGAGCUCUGCACAGCGGUGGAGACGGCGGCCGAAGGAGGCGGCGACUCAGGCCAGGGCGGCAAAGCCCGGCCGCAGCUGUCCCCGGCCAGGUUCAACAUGUCCAGCUUCAUCGGCGGCGUGGUUCUGGUCCUGUGCCUGCAGGCGCUCGGCGUGCUGGCCGUGCGCUUCCUCAAGUCCGGCGAGCAGAGCGCCUACGACCCCAUAGAGCAGCCUCAGUGAGGUGACCGCCACCGAGGACGACCAAAGGAAGAGGGAAGACAAGACGCUGCACUUUUACCAUUCCCCGUUCUAGCAAAUCACUCUUGCGUUACUCUUUGAAUUUGUGUUGAAUUGUGUUUAGAGUGUUUUUUUUUUUUUAUGUAGAUACAUUCCUCUUUUAUGUGUGUUACCAUGCUAAUGCUAAAGAUGUUGCUUUGCUUUCUUUUGCUCUUUUUGAAAUAAAGUUAGGAGACCCGUGUGGAACAUAUCA